AUGUUGGCUCCGCUGUGCCAGUACUCGGCACAAGACGGACACAUGACGGACUGGCACCUCGCCCACCUCGGCGGUAUCACCUCGCGGGGUCCAGGCCUCGCCGUCAUCGAGGCCGCCGCUGUCCUGCCUGAGGGCCGUAUCACGCCCGAGGACGUGGGGUUGUGGAAGGAUAGCUACAUCGCGCCAUUGCGCCGCAUAGUCGAAUUUGCGCACGGCCAGGGGCAGAAAGUUGGCAUUCAAUUGACACAUGCGGGACGGAAGGCUAGCUCUACGGCACCGUGGGUGGUGGAUAGUCCUGGCGGAGUGGCCGCUCCGGAAGAGCUCAACGGAUGGCCCUCCAGCGUCAAGGCUCCAAGCGCGCUACCAUACAGCCCUCGCCACGUGACACCGACAGCCAUUACGAGCAGUGAUAUCCAGCAUUUCAAGGCCGCCUACGUGGCCGCUGUUAAGCGCGCGGUGGCCGCCGGCAUAGACGUCAUCGAGAUCCAUCACGCAUAUGGACACCUCUUGCACCAGUUCGCGUCGCCGGCAGCAAACAAGCGUGAAGAUGAAUACGGUGGCUCGUUCGAGAACCGCAUUCAGCUCACUCUGGAACUCGUGGAGCUCGUGCGCAAGGCUAUGCCAGAUGACAUGCCACUAUUCGUACGCGUGGCGGCGACGGACUGGCUAGAAGAUGUAGACGGUUACGAUGGUCGGAGCGAGGCUUCCUGGACGCUGGAAUAG